AUGUCUCAGUUUGGUUCUGCUUCUCAGUCCAACACGUCCCCACUUCAUUCCAUGAAUUCUAUGUGUCAUCAACAAAGCUUCUCAGACACCAACGGAGGAAACAAUCCGAUUUCUCCGCUCCACAGUCUUCUCAGUAACUUCUCUCAAGACGAGUCUUCUCAACUGCUCAACCUCACUAGAACAAACUCUGCAAUGACUUCAUCCGGUUGGCCAUCAAAACGUCCUGCUGUUGAUUCAUCUUUCCAACUCUCUGGAGCCGGUAACAACACUCAGUCCGUUAUGGAGCAAUUGGGACAGCCCCACACAAGCAACGUUUCUCCAAAUGCUGUCUCCUUGCCUCCAUUCCCCGGUGGUAGAGAGUGUUCGAUCGAGCAAGAAGGAAGCGCCUCAGACCCUCACAGCCAUCUUCUGUUUGGAGUCAACAUAGAUUCAUCUUCCCUUUUGAUGCCGAACGGAAUGUCAAACCUUAGAAGCAUUGGCAUCGAAGGCGGCGACUCUACGACCUUACCCUUCACAUCAUCUAAUUACAACAACGAUUUCUCGGGUAAUCUUGCAAUGACGACACCUUCUAGUUGUAUAGACGAAUCAGGUUUUCUUCAAUCCUCGGAAAACCUCGGUUCUGAGAACCAACAAUCUAAUACCUUUGUGAAGGUGUACAAGUCAGGGUCUUUUGGCAGAUCGUUAGACAUAACGAAAUUUAGCAGCUACCAUGAGCUGCGAAGCGAGCUUGCUCGCAUGUUUGGCCUCGAAGGCCAAUUAGAAGACCCUGUGAGAUCAGGCUGGCAGCUUGUAUUUGUUGACCGAGAGAACGAUGUUCUCCUCCUCGGCGACGACCCUUGGCCGGAGUUUGUGAGCAGCGUGUGGUGCAUCAAAAUAUUGUCACCGCAAGAAGUGCAACAAAUGGGGAAAAGAGGCCUUGAGCUUCUCAAUUCCGCUCCAUCGUCCAACAAUGUCGACAAGCUCCCGAGCAACGGGAACUGCGAUGACUUUGGGAACCGGUCAGACCCGAGGAAUCUUGGCAACGGUAUCGCAUCCGUUGGGGGUUCGUUCAACUACUAG